CAGGCACUUGCCCCAUUUUUUACUUCACAGAUUACUAAAUGGCUCCUGCUACCAAAAACGCUGUCAAGCAAGUGACCCCCGAGUCUGUUCUCAAAAAGAGAAAGACUUUUGAGAAGCUUGUUGCCGAACGUGCUACAAAGGCUAUUGAGGCCAAGAAGCUCAACAAGACCAAGCGCUCCAUCAUCUUCAAGCGUGCCGAGACCUAUAUCAAGGAAUACCGCUCAAAGGAGCGUGACGAGAUUUUCCUUCACCGUCAGGCCAAGGCCAACAACAGUUUCUAUGUUCCUGCCGAGGCCAAACUUGCUUUUGUUAUCCGUAUCAAGGGUAUCAACAAGAUUGCUCCCAAGCCCCGCAAGAUUCUCCAACUGUUGCGUCUUACCCGUAUCAAUUCUGGUACCUUUGUUCGUCUUACCAAGGCCACUCUCCAGAUGCUUCAGUGGGUUGGUCCCUAUAUUGCCUGGGGAUAUCCUAACCUCAAAUCUGUGCGUGAGCUGAUCUACAAGCGUGGAUUCGCCAAGAUUGACAAACAGCGCAUUCCUAUCACCGACAAUCAAGUGAUUGAGAAGGCUCUUGAAAAGUACGGCAUAAUUUGCGUUGAAGAUCUUAUUCACGAGAUCUUUACUGUUGGACCCAACUUUAAGCAGGCCAAUGCCUUCCUGUGGGCCUUUAAGCUUUCUAACCCCACUGGUGGAUUCACUGGAAAGAAGGUUCCUCACUUUAUGGAAGGUGGUGAAUCUGGCAACCGUGAAGACAGAAUCAAUGCUCUUAUCCAGAGGAUGAAUUAAGCAAGUUUUGCUUGUGCAUUUUGCAUGACUGAAUAUAUUUUUAUUUGGCAAUGUG